AUGGAUAGUCGCGAUUGUAGAGAUACUCCACUCCCGGCUUGGGAGGCGAUAGCGCUGGACAAGCGAUCGCAACGAGAUGCGGCCAUACCUGCAGAAUGGCGACUGCAGGCUGGCUCAGUCCCGAAAAGCCGACUCAAUGUAACAAGGGUUCCCGUGGAGAGUGGUAUACUUGUGUCCCGCGAAAUAGACAUUACAGAGACCGAUGCGCCGUUGUUGGUGCAGAAGCUGGCUGCUCAGGAGUACAGCUCAUACGAGGUUACUCUCGCGUUCUGCAAACGAGCUGCCAUCUCGCAACAACUGGUCAACUGCCUGUCUGAAAUAUUCUUCGACAUUGCACUAGAGACUGCAAGACAGCUAGAUGCCGAGUAUGAAGCGUCUGGCGUACUUCGAGGCCCACUGCAUGGUCUACCUGUAUCUCUCAAAGACUGCUUCAAGGUCGCCGGCACGGAUGCGUCGAUCGGGUGUACUGCAUUUGCCAGUCAGCCGACGUCGGAGGCAGAGGAGAGCGAAGUCACCAAGAUUAUGCGACAAAGCGGCGCGAUUCUGUUCUGCAAGACGAAUGUGCCCAUGGCGCUCAUGUCUGGUGAGACUUUUAAUGCCAUGUACGGCUACACUAGCAACCCGUACAAUCGUGACCUCUCCAGCGGGGGCUCUUCGGGGGGGGAAAGCGCUUUAUUGGCUUUGCGAGGAUCUCCUCUGGGAGUAGGCACGGAUGUUGGCGGCUCUAUCCGGAUACCGGCCGCAUUCUGCGGCCUGUACUCCUUGAAGCCAUCUUUUGGCCGGUUUCCCACCUACGGGUUGAGGGACGCUCUCGAAGGACAAGAGGCAGUUCGAAAUGUUGUGGGGCCAAUGUCGACAUCAGUGACGGGCUUGGAGCUAUGGAGCAAGGCAGUGAUGCAAAGCGAGCCUUGGGUUGGAGCAGAUCCAGACUGCUUAAACAUGCCAUGGCGCAAUGUACAGAUGCCUGAGAAGCUGUGCUUUGGUCUACUACUUGACGAUGGGAUCGUCAAGCCACUUCCUCCUGUGACCCGAGCACUACUGGUAACAAAAGCAGCGCUGGAGAAGGCGGGCCACACAGUUAUUGAGUUUCGCAUUGACGAUCCGCUUUAUACAGACAGGUUGAAGUUUGCGCUGUACCGGUCCGCCACCGCCGAUGCAUUGAACAAAAUCCUCGACCAGACCCAAGAGCCAUGGCCAAGAGGGUACGAGGUGCUCGCGGAAAUGGCAAACAAAAGCAGUCAACCCCAAAAUGGCGACAGAGAACGGUCACCACAAUCAGCCGACGGCCGCGCCACAGUCUCUCAACUUUGGGAAGCCCAGGCCAAGCGCACGGCAUUUUCCAAGCGCAUGCUGACGGCAUGGGCAGACACCAAGCUCAAGACAGACACGGCACGGGAGAUGGAUGCACUGCUGAUGCCCACGACACCGUGGCCAGCGUCGCAGAAGUACGAGUUCUCUUACGACAACUAUACCAGCUUGUGGAAUGUUGUCGACUACUGCGCGACGACUAUUCCAGUCACGCAAGUCCUCCCAACCGAGGACACGAAGCCAGAGUACAAAGCCCGUGCUGAGCUCGAGGCAAAAAUCUGGCAGGAUUAUUCGCCAGAAAGCAUGGCAGGGUGUCCUGUUUCUGUACAGCUCGUCGGGCGGCGACUGAACGAAGAGUAUUUGUUGGAGGUUACAAAGAUGUGCGACGCGGCAAUCAAAGAGUCAUCCCCCAGGAAGUAA